ACUUCCGCAUGUCUCUCUCAGUGUUGGAACCAUACCACUUUGCUUGAGGCUAAUAUUUUCUUUCUCCGUUAUAUAUGUUACUUUACCUGUCUCAUGAUUUUGGUCAAUGAUCACUUUGAAUCAUGGUGGGUGUACUAUUUGCCUCCGUAAUCUAUUUCUGCUUCGUUGCUAAAAGGAAAGACACGUCAAUCUAAUGAGGAGGGUAGAGAUACGGACGAUGAUUGAGAUACCCUUGAGAAAUCACUAUAAUACAAGUCACCAGUGGUGUAUCUAACCUAAAAUUUUCAAUAUUUUCUACUCUAUCUUGACCUACCAGUGCUCUGGAAUUUUCUGACCGGCUAGCACCACCAUCUGCACGCACUUAUCUCCCCCCCUCUAUUCUUCCAUUCUGUUGGCCCGACGUAGGCAAAAUAGGGGCACAAAGGAAGAAGGGAAAAUGCUUAUUGGCUUAUGUGGAGGGAUAUGCUCUGGUAAACACGCCAUUGCAGAGUAUCUUAUCCAGCAUCAAGGGUUUCAACUGCUUGAGCUUGAAAAUAGAAGUUUCCAUCGAAUAGCAGAUGAGCCCGAGGAUGAUCGACGACUACAAGCCUCAGGAUUCACUAAUAAUGAACGUAGUCAAUCAUCGAAUUUAUCAUUUGAGAAUGCCGACUCACUUCUAGAUUUUGCAACAAAAAGAUGGCAAGGACUCUGGGUAACGACAGAUAUUUGGGAGGACGCUACCUUGGAUCGCUUCCUCCAACGUCCGUUUUUCCUCCUGGUGAGCGUUGACGCACCAGUCAGUCUCCGGUGGGAGCGAUUUGCAGAAAGAUGCCGGAGGAGGAAGCUUGAGCCCCCGCCCCUCGAGAAGUUUGUUCUCUGGAAUGACCGACAUUUGUAUGACAAGAAUAUCGGGCGUGUCUAUUUGACCGACCGGGCACAGGUUCGAUUGUUCAAUUCGUCAUCUUCAUUCGAAGAACUGCAUGCUGCCCUUGCGACACUUAACCUCGCUGAUGAAGAUCGCUUACGUCCAAAUUGGGAUCAAUAUUUUAUGCAAUUAGCAUCUCUUGCGGCGCAGCGGAGUAACUGUAUGAAGAGAAGGGUGGGCUGUGUCCUUGUUCGAGAACGCCGUGUCAUCAGUACAGGGUACAACGGGACUCCACGGCAUCUCAGAAACUGCAAUGAGGGUGGAUGUAUGAUACGAUUAUCCCAUUCGUUCUUUCCCCUUCUAGCCUAUAUUAAAGCUAUGUUUAUAAACUGAAAGCUCACGAUUUCACAGGUCCAAGAUGCAAUCGGGGUGAGGGUGGAGGUGUUGGCCUGUCCACGUGCCUAUGCCUCCAUGCAGAAGAGAAUGCUCUGUUGGAAGCUGGAAGAGAGCGCAUCCGGGAAGGGGCAAUACUUUACUGUGACACGUAAGAUACCCUCUGCUCCUCUGGUUUAUAUAGCAAGGUGAACACUACUAAGUACACAGAAAAGAUGUCCUUGUUUGACGUGCACAGUCAAGAUUGCCCAAGUCGGUAUUUCUGAGGUUGUAUACUCACAGGGAUAUAACAUGGAUCAAGACGUGUGUUUUCCAUUCCCCUUUUAUCCGGUUGAUUUUAACUGACAUGACCCAGAGUGCUGCGAUUCUAGAGGCUGCUGGCAUUCGCCU